UGUGGACCGGGAGGCUCGAGUCUUAUUUCUGCGCCGCCUGCCCACGGGGGGCUCCACCACCCUCACCUCGGCCUCACUAGCCCGCCAACCCAACUCGGCGGCUCCUCCGCGAGCCUGCCGGGAACUCGCGCCCCUCGCGCUCCCCGGCCCCCGAGGGGGCCGCCUCGGGCCAUGGUGCCCUCCCAGGAGGAGCCCGCCGCCGCGCGGGGGACGAGCGAGGCGCAGCCGCUCGGCCCCGCACCCCCAGGGGCCGCUCCGCUGCCCGGCCCGGGACCCUUGGAUGGCCCGGAGGCGGCGGGGCCCGAGAAGGUGGAGGUAGAGCUGGCGGGGCUGGCGGGGCCGGCGGGCGCUGAGCCCCUUGAGCCCCCUGAGGGCGGCUGGGGUUGGCUGGUGAUGCUGGCGGCCAUGUGGUGCAACGGGUCGGUAUUCGGCAUCCAGAACGCCUGCGGGGUGCUCUUCGUGUCCAUGCUGAAGACCUUCGGGUCCAAGGACGAUGACAAGAUGGUCUUCAAGACAGCAUGGGUAAGUUCUCUCUCCAUGGGGAUGAUUUUCUUCUGCUGCCCAAUCGUCAGCGUCUUCACAGACGUGUUUGGUUGCCGGAGAACAGCUGUCGUGGGUGCUGCUGUUGGAUUUGUUGGACUCGUGUCAAGUUCUUUUGUAAGCUCCAUCGAGCCUCUGUACCUGACCUAUGGAAUCAUAUUUGCCUGUGGCUGCUCCUUUGCCUACCAGCCUUCAUUGGUCAUUUUGGGACACUAUUUCAAGAAACGCCUUGGACUGGUGAAUGGCAUUGUCACCGCUGGCAGCAGUAUCUUCACAAUUUUGCUGCCUUUCCUUUUAAGGGUACUGACUGACAGCGUGGGCCUCUUUUAUACCCUGAGGGUCCUCUGCAUCUUCAUGUUUGUUCUCUUUCUGGCUGGCUUUACUUACCGACCUCUUGCUUCCAGUGCCAAAGAUAAAGACAGUGGAACCAAAGGAGGCAACAGAUUCUCCCUCUUUUCCAGGAGAAAGUUCAGUCCUCCAAAAAAAAUUUUCAAUUUUGCCAUCUUCAAGGUGACAGCAUAUGCAGUGUGGGCAGUUGGAAUACCACUUGCACUUUUUGGAUACUUUGUGCCUUAUGUUCACUUGAUGAAACACGUGAAUGAAAGGUUUCAAGAUGAGAAAAAUAAAGAGGUGGUUCUCAUGUGCAUUGGCAUCACUUCAGGAGUUGGACGGCUGCUCUUCGGCCGGAUCGCAGAUUAUGUGCCUGGUGUGAAGAAAGUUUAUCUACAGGUCCUGUCCUUUUUCUUCAUUGGUCUGAUGUCCAUGAUGAUUCCCCUGUGCAGCGUCUUUGGGGCCCUCAUUGCUGUCUGUCUCAUCAUGGGUCUCUUCGAUGGAUGCUUCAUUUCCAUUAUGGCCCCCAUUGCCUUUGAGUUAGUUGGUGCCCAGGAUGUCUCACAAGCAAUUGGAUUUCUACUCGGAUUCAUGUCUAUACCCAUGACUGUGGGCCCACCCAUUGCAGGGUUACUCCGUGACAAGCUGGGCUCCUAUGAUGUGGCCUUCUACCUCGCUGGAAUCCCUCCCCUUAUUGGAGGUGCUGUCCUUUGUUUUAUCCCAUGGAUCCAUAGUAAGAAGCAAAGAGAGAUCAAUAAAACCACUGGAGGAGAAAAGAUGGAGAAAAUGUUGGAGAACCAGAACUCUCUGUUGUCAAGCUCAUCUGGAAUCUUUAAAAAGGAAUCUGACUCUGUUAUUUAAUGUCUUAUAUACCUCCACCAGACUGGACUUGCUUUUAGAAGUUUAAGCAAGUUUUCCUUUUAUAUGAAUUGCAAAUUUCUUAUUUUUUUAAUCGCAUCCUAGGAAUAGCACAAUAAUCGGGAAAUAGAACCCUUAUUACUACAAGAACCAUUUUCUGCCACUGAAUAGCUGUCCAAUAUUUCCAUGAGUCUGAGACCAGAGACUCAGACUCAAUUUCAUGUACAAGAAAACCUGUCUGAAAGUCAAAUACUAUGAGAAUAUGAAGCUAUCUCAGUAAAAAGUAACUUGAGAAACUGUGAACGCUAUUUAGCUUAUACAAAUAUUUAAAAAUACCUCAAGCUAUAUUGAAAGGGUUGCAGUUUGGUUAGGACUGGAAAUAUUGUUUGUCGUCUCACAUGGUGUUUUUAGUUUUGGUAUCUCUGUUUUAAUUUCUUCUGCUAUUUGGAAACAAAAUUUAAGCCUGGAUUCUAGAUAAUAUCAGAUCUACUUAAAUCUCAAGUCUAUGUUAAAAUUGCUCGCCUGCUCUUAAAUAAGCUUUGAAAGUAAGUAAGUUAUUCUGACUUGCUCCAGUGUCAAGGGACCUCCUUGGAGCAGGUACUGACAAGGUGUUCAGAAUCAGUGUGUGAGAUGAACAGGAAUGAACAGAAUCCUGUUCAUAAGGGCAGAGCAGUUCAGAAAUCAGACAUUUCUUCCAUUUACAUUUUUCCCCUUUGGAUUUGCAGUGUGUUUUACUCAAGUAGCCAGAAACACCCCAGAUUUCUGAAUUUGUUUAAAUUGUAACAAUAAAGUAAAAUAGAAGAAUUGAAAGAUAUUCUGGCAUUUUAACUUAGAAUUUUUCUGACUUCUGAUUUGUUGCACUAGGACCUGAUAUUUAAACAAAGUCUUACUGAGCACGUUAUCAAGUUGCAGUUUUAGGCACAAAUGGGAAAAAAACAUCUUUGUGAAGAAAAUAUCUAUUUCUGAUAGAAAGAAUUGCUCAAAUUGGUAAAACUUUCUGGCAAAAAUUUGCAUUCAUAUGUACUUAUCCUAUUGUGUUCCCCUUUAACAUUGCCUGUAUUUUAAAAAAUAUUUUUAUACACAAAUAUAAGAAGGCUAUUUGAGUUUUAAAGACUUAAAAUUAAAACCGAAGUCAUGGCAUGACCCAUACUCAUCUAAAAAACAUCAGAACACGUCCCUCAUCCCUGAAAUUAUAUUUUAGUACAUUUUUCUUUCUUAUUUAGGUCUUUCUUUAAGUUAAUAUGUGCAAAGCAUAUUUAAAUCCUAAAUACAUAUGUAUAUUAGAUCUUCCUCAAAUGUAGCUUGUUCAUCUGGGAAAAUGCUGUCUUUUUAUAAAGCACCUCCAGGAUCCACCUGUUUCUAAAUUCUCUGUGCUGAGAGAAAUGCAACCUAUUAUCUCCCUACUUCUCUUUUCAGCUUCGAUCGUUUGUGAAAGGCAAAGUCCUUCCAUUCCUGUCUCUAGCUGAGGAUGGAGAUGCCUGGAAAGCAUAUGGAUUUGUAGUUGUUGGUGGGGGAGGAGGGCAGGCAGGGGGAGGAGUAAAGUGAGGCUGUUAAUUACACAUCUGGAAAGCCCAAUAACUUUUCCUCUUAGUAUCAGCUUUCUCACCUGCAACCUUGAAGGUUCAAAGUGUAAAUACUAAAUACGGAAUUUAUUUCUAACAGAACUUUAAAUAAUUUUGAUCUUGGAGACAUUCUGCAACUUACUACUUCCAAUUCUUCCGCAUUUCAUAUUCAGGGGACUUAGAUAAUUUGUUUUUUGGAAAGUUCUGUUGCAUUAAAAAAAAAAAAAAAAAUCUACAUUUUGACCAUGCUGCCCUUUCAUGUUCUUAUUUUAAGCUUUUACAAAAUGACUGAGAAAUGAUAAUGUAAUACAUUAUUAGGUUCUUCAUUUAUUCAUGCCCUGUUAUAUAAAACAUUAUUUCCUCAUUAUUAUCAGUGCUUUUGAAAUCAGCAAAACCAUACAACUAAGUACAAUCAUCAAACCUGCCAUUAUGUUUAUUUUUCCUACAGUUUCAGCAUAAACUCCUGACUACCCCCCAAUUUUACAGAAAGACUAGAUCUAAAAUAGAAAAUUUAUUUUGUAAAGACCUCCAAAAUGUUUUUCCUUUCAAAAUGUUUGCUGAUUUUAGGGGAAGAAAAGUAAUAAUCUGAAACUCAAAGACUUGAUCUUGCUUAUUUUCCAUGAUAAAAGAGCAACAUGACAAGUAUUUAUAAUAAAACUUAGAUCUCAGAAUAUUGUUUAUGUAUAAUAUUAUACAUAUGUUAGUUUUCAGUUUAAUGGAAUGAAUUAAACAGGAUCUAUAACACUGAAAAGGCGCUACUAAAAUAGACUCUUAUGGGGAGUUCUGUGCUGUAAUAAUAUAAAGUUAAAAAGUAUGAAAGGUAAGAUGCUAAAUUCCAUAAAAUGCAUAUUUAGUAAUAUGUUGUUUGGUACAAAUAGUU